UCAUGCCUUACUUCACCACCAAAAUUCCUUUUCUCUGUUGUCUCUCCAUAAACUUGGCUAUUUCUAGUCCCUUCUUUCAAUCCAAUGUCUCCACUACCACAAACCCAUUUCUCCUGUCCCUCUCUCCCUCUCCUUGUCAUUUGUGGUUUUUCUUUACGUCUCUCUGUUUCUAAAACUGGCUUCUGAGAUAUUCUCAGGAGGUUUGUACAUUCUAUUCUGCAAUCCCAAUCAGGAAGGCUUAAGCAUAAAUAGGGAAGGUGUUCAAGAAACGUUUCUUGAAGCUUCUGGACAGAAGCUGUUGCCUUUACAACUCUGGCCGACACUUGUGUGAUAUUUGCUCGAACCAGGGCAGGUGGCGGUUCUCUGUUUUCUGGUUGUUGUACAUCUUUGUCAUCAUCAUCAUUCUCACCAUCCUUCUGCACUCGUUCGUUGCUUUCCCACCUUCCAAUAGAUUACGGCUAAAUUUUGAUUUAACCAUCUUGUAUGUGAUCUCUACUUUUUCAUCAAUUCCUCCACUUUGUGCCUUAAUUAGCGGUCACUAGAGAUGUAAGCAUCAGUUACAUAGAUUUUACUCUUCAAGAAUAGAGGAAAAAUCAAAAGAGUAAAAGAAGAAAAAAGGAAAUAAGAGUUAGGAGAUAAACAAAGUGCUUGUUUGUUCUUCUUUGGAGGAAUUAUAUUUAGCCAGUUGUCUGAAAUGGCAAAAUUCGUGUGCUGCUUUCGGCCCGCCGAGGAGAAGAAGGAAAAGAAGGUGGAUAAGGAAUUAUUAAGGCCAAUUGAGUUCAACAAGGGGCACAAAACCAUGAAAAUUAGGCUUGAGCAUCCGGUGAAACCUUUUGAGAGUGAUGAGUUGAUAACCACAUCAUUCAAUGUGACAGUGGAUUCAGUGCCCUUUGGUAUCCAAAAGGAAUCUCCAAAUGUCAAGGUGAAGAGCCUUCAAAAUUCUUUGAGGGAUGAAGAACCAGAGAUUGCAUAUGAAGGGGAAGAUGAGCAUGAAGAAAUUGCCUCAAUGAAAAGGGAUUUGUCUGAUGUUGAUCUCCAAGCUAAUACAUCUAAUUCAGCUGAGGAGUUUGCUUUAAGAAGUCCAAACUUCAGGUGCUCUAGUUCAUUUGAUAUCAAAGUCAAUGAGCGAUGCCCAAACAAAGUUGAGAAAGAUAGUGAAAAAGGCAAUGAUGAAAUCCAAACUGGACAUGUUAGUGAUCCUGGGAUUGGAAAAGCUGAGUUAUGGGGUUCACCUAAGCUUAAGCGAUCUUGCUCUAACCUGGAAACGAGCAAAAUGCAAAAAAGAACAGCUGCUAAAUUGACUCGUUCAAGAUCUGCAUCUUCCAGGGAGUCAGAGGAACUAUAUGGUAAAUUAAGGGAUCCUGGCAGCCCUGCAUCUAUGACAAGCCACUGCAGCGCAGAUAGAGUGAUGUUAAAGAAGCAUUCUUCAAGUCAAGUUCUACCCUCCAGGAGUAGAAAGUUGUGGUGGAAAUUGUUUCUUUGGAGCCAUAGAAACCUGCAUAGAUCGUGGACAGUGAAACCAAAGAGGCAAACUGUUACUGGUUUAAACCAGCACUGUGGGUAUUAUUCAGAUACAGUUGAGCCAAAUGGAGCUAUAGUAUUGAGCAACAUGCAGUCACCUGGCUCAUUUACUGGAGAAUCGCAGAACAAAGGCCAGAACAACAAUGAAGAUGAAAAACAAAACUGGGACGGGUUUCAUGGUGGGAUUUCUGGUUUAUGGCCUCAAAAACAGUGGGUUGCUUUCUCAGUUGAAGCAUCUCCAUUUGCAAGAGUGGACGAGUGGGUAAAAGAACUUGCAACUCAAGAACAGCCUCCUCAUGUUUAUAGUGAUGAUGCUGAUAACAGUGGUAAGGGAAUUGUCUUCCCACCUUCUCCUGAGAUUGGUAGAUCACCAGCAAGAAUCUUGAACAACUUCACUCGACGUCCAGACAUUAAUCUCUCUGAGGAGGUUUUGCAUGCCAAUUGUCUUAUCCAGUCCCUGAAUUCUUCAUCAACUGUGGCUCAUAUAUCGGGUAUUGGCCUAAAAGCCAUUCCCACCAUAUCAUGCUUCACGAGUCUGCGAUCAGUUAACUUGUCAAACAAUUUUAUAGUGUACAUUAGCCCAGGAUCAUUACCAAAAGGUCUUCAUACGCUCAAUUUGUCAAGAAAUAAAAUCAAUGCCAUUGAGGGACUCAGAGAAUUAACUCGAUUGCGAGUACUUGAUCUCAGUUACAAUCGUAUUUCGCGAAUUGGACAAGGGUUAUCAAACUGUACAAUAAUCAAAGAACUCUAUCUUGCUGGCAACAAGAUUAGUGAUGUGGAGGGGCUGCACAGGCUGUUGAAGCUUACAGUUUUAGACCUGAGUUUUAACAAGAUAACAACAACAAAAGCCCUCGGGCAGCUUGUUGCUAACUACAACUCGCUGCAAGCUUUAAAUCUUUUAGGCAACCCGAUUCAGAACAACAUCAGUGAAGACCAGCUUCGCAAGGCAGUUUGCAGUCUCCUUCCAAAGCUAGUAUACCUGAACAAGCAGUCCAUUAAACCACAGAGAGCACGGGAGGUUCUUACAGAUACAGUUGCCAAAGCAGCCCUUGGGACCAGUACUGGUUGGAGUUCUCGCAGAAGAGUGACAAAGAGAUCAAGUUCCAGUGGUUUGGCCUCCUCAAGCGUUCACAGGAGCAAUGUUGCUGCAAAACAGAAAACUAGGAGCAGGUCAAAGAGCCGAACUCAUCACCAAAAGACAGUGCCAUCUAUGCGUUCAUCUUCCUUGCACUAAAUGUUUUCUCAUUCGGGAAACCUUGUCUAAUAAUUCAGUAUCUGUUUUGUUGUUACAAGCUCGGGUUUUCUCGAUUCCUCAAGAAUUUUGGUUAUGUAUUUUGUCAUAUAUUGGGUUGGACUAGUAUUUUUGUAGUUCAGCUUUUGGGUCUUCAUGGUUGUUUAAUGGAAUGCAAUUAAAAUUUCUCAGUUUGGUUUA